CUGGUUCUGAAUGGGAUAAGUGUGCCCCUGAGGGACCAGGUGCACAGCCUGGGAGUCAUUUUGGAUUCACAGCUGUCCAUGGAGGUGCAGGUUAAUUCUGUGUCCAGGGCGGCUGUCUACCAGCUCCAUCUGGUACACAGGCUGAGACCCUACCUGCCCGCAGACUGUCUCACCAGAGUAGUGCAUGCUCUGGUUAUCUCCCGCUUGGACUACUGCAAUGCGCUCUACAUGGGGCUACCUUUGAAGGUGACCUGGAAACUGCAAUUAACCCAGAAUGCGGCAGCUAGACUGGUGACUGGGAGCGGCCGCUGGGACCACAUAACACCGGUCCUGAGAGAUCUGCAUUGGCUCCCAGUACGUUUCUGAGCACAAUUCAAAGUGUUGGUGCUGACCUUUAAAGCCCUAAACAGCUUCGGUCCUGAAGGAGUGUCUCCACCCCCAUUGUUCAGCUUGAACACUGAGAUCCAGCGCUGAUGGCCUUCUGGCAGUUCCCUCACUGCGAGAAGCAAAGCUACAGGGAACCAGGCAGAGGGCCUUCUCGGUAGUGGUGCCCGCCCUGUGGAACACCCUCCCAUCAGAGGUCAGAGAGAUAAACAACUACCUGACAUUUAGAAAAUACCUAAAGGUAUUUAGGGAAGUUUUUAGUCUGUGAUAUUUUAAUGUAUUUUGAUGUGUGUUGGAAGCCGCCCAGAGUGGCGGGGGAGACCCGGCCAGAUCGGCAGGUUAUAAAUAAAUAAAUAAAUAAAUAAAUUAGUCAGGCCCCCCACAAGGUCUGAGGGACAGUGGAACAACAGAGGGACAAACUGUUGAAAAAGUUUGCUGACUCCUGCUGUAGAUGGUUUUCAGCCUUUCAGCUAGCCUAAGAAAGACCAAGAGCCCUAGUAACGUAAUACCUUUGGUACUCAAAAUUGAUUUAGUUCUUGAGGAUAUUUUAUAGGCUCAGAGAAUAAGAUAUUGAAAAAUAGCACAAAUAUUGCAGAAAUCUGUUAAUUAAAAACUGCCUUCAUGUAAUCAAGUCUGUCUGCUUAGUCAUGUAAGCUGGAAACUUUUUUUUUAAAGCAAAGAUUUCAAGGAUUUUUCAUGAAGCUGUGGGCUGCACAAAUAUCUCAGCAUGUGGUUUGUGGGCCUUACAUUGCUUGCUGAUGGAGCACAGUCUGUUCUAAUUCAACAUUUUCUUGUAGCCUUAGACAUGAUCUAAGAUGAGCAAAGGACAGCUUGUGUAAUUCUCCAGAACUGUAAAUGUACACAAUAAAAGAAAGCUAUGUAUAGAAAAAAGCAGUUCAGUCCUGCCUAAAUCAUGUGAACCUGGACUCGAAAAUCUCCUUGUAGGUUAUGCUCAAUGGUAAGAUUUGCCAUUUGCAAGUUCCACCUCAGCUAAUUGCUAAGGAAUUUUUCAAAGUGUAUUGCAUAGUUUUUAGGAAAUAACAAAUAUAUUAUGUACCUUAGGUGUGUAUGGUAAUAACAAACUAAAACAAGUUGUGUUUGUCUUUUAAUUUCGAGCAUCUGUUUUGUUUCCAUUUUUUAUAUUAAAAGGCAAGAGGAUGGUUUUUAGGAUUGGAAUAGCAGAAAUUUUAAAGAAAAUUAUUGCAGGAAUAGGUCUCUUCUUGAUUGUCAUGUGCUUCAUGUUAUUGUGUAGACUUCCAAAAUCAUGUUAUUUUUCUUGCUGAAAAAUAGUCUGAACAGAUUGGUAGGAUCCAGCAAGUAUCUUCUGUGUAUCCAAGUAUUUCCACAUGCAUUCACUGGGAAUACUCUGGAUUCCCCCCCCCCAUUUGAAUGUGGCUGAUUGGAAGCCGUUUCUGGUGUGCUUAUUUGACCGUAUACAGCAGUGAUGGCGAACCUAUGACACACGUGUCAAACGUGACACGCAGAGCCCUCGUUGCUGGCACACGCCCCAUGGCCCAUUCGCGCUGUUGUUGUUGUUUCCCCUCCCCUUUUGUUCUCCCACUCCUCCUCACGCUACAGCUUGUCUCCGCUGUUAAAACCCGGAUCCCUUUUUGUUGUUGUUGUUGCUGGUAGUCAGAGAUUGGUUUUUUAACCCUUUCUGUGUUGUUUUUCUGGCGCUUUGGCAGACGAUGAUUGGGUGUAAUAGCGUUCAUUUUUUAACCUGUUCUGUGCUGGGGUUUUUGGCGCUUUGGCAGACUAUGUCGGUGCUGCGUGUUAGUUCCAGCAAAGGUAUUAUUUGCCAUUUAUUUCUGUUCUCUCCCCCCCAAAAGCGCAGCAGCUUUGGGGCACCCCCCCAAAAGCAAAACAACUUUUGCCCCCCCCCAAAAACCCUCCAAUGGAGAUGGGAGUCUGACAACAACUGGAGGGCCACAGGUUCCCCACCUCCACUUUAACUGAUAGUUAAAACAAGCCAAAUGUAAAUGCGUUAUUGCAGCUUUUUUGUGUAAAGAAAUAAGAUUAUUAUUUAUUUAUAGCAUUUUAUACUGCUCAUUAGCAAUAGGAUUUUAGGUCAAUGUACAGUUUUUAAACCAUAAAAUACACAAAUACUGCAUAAACAUAGAAUCAAAGAUAAUGUAAAACAACAGUAGUGCCCAAGGUUUAAAAAGGGCUCUGACAUGUUUGUUUGUCUGAGUCCUUUUUAGACUUUGGGCACUGCUAAAAAGCUUUAUAAAAUAAAAGCCUACCAAAAUAAAAAGGUUAUUUACCUGGUGCUUAGAAAACACUCAAAACAGGCACCAGUUGAGGGCAUGCCACAACCAGGACACCUCCAUUGAAAAUGCUUUACCAAAAACAACUGCUUACCCCUCCUCAUUUGGCAGGGGCAUUAAUAUAUUGGCCUCCAGUAUUGUGAGCCAAGGAUACCCAUGUAAAACCAAAACAAGUGGCUGUUGUAAAGUGAUAUAUCUCUUAUUGGUCUAAAUAUAUCAUUUGCUAAAGUGAUACCUUAUGUACCACUGAGGUAGAUUAGAUGCUAUCUUAAUUUGUAUUGCAUUGUCAGGGUCAGCUCAGCAGAGAUACACCAAGCAAAAGUUAAUUUUUACUAGCUGGCUUUAGGUGAAUAACUGCUAGCUUCUAAGUAUUUGACUUAUAGGCUUGUAGGGAUCUGAAGAACUGAAAGAGGUAGACAAUACAUAUAUUGUCAAAAACAUUCUCUGAGCUCCUUAAAUCAGGACUGAUACUCUUUAGGUACUUAGCUUCUUUCAGUUUUCUCUUUACAUGCAUAUAUCAUCAUAAAUAAAUGUAAGUAUGCUUACCCAUAAAGUUCAGAGGCAGCCUUUUGAGCUUGACCAAAGAUAAUCCAGUGUGCAGAAGCUGGAUGGAGGGUGGGGGAAGCAAGUUCCAUUUUUCAGGAUUUUUUUUUUGAGCAAGCUAGAAUUGUAUUAAACAAAUAUUACUUUCCAUACAUGUAUUCAAUCUUCUUUUUGGGAUUGACACAUUGUGGUGCAGCCUGCCUUCUAGUAAUUUAAUGAAAAAUGUCUUAAUUAUCAGAUAGAGAAGUUACCUGUAGUAUCUUAGACAAACCAAAUAAUUGAAUAAUUUUAGUUUAAAUUGGGGGUGGCUAAGCGGCAGAUGUUUUAUGAACUACAAUUCUUAUCACCCCCAGAAUCUGUGGUUAAUUGUCAGGGAUGGUAGGAUUAUAUUUCUGUGGAAGGGAGACUAAAAAUGAACAACAAAGGUGGGCUCUGUAAGAUAUUGUGAGGGACAGGGGAUAUCGCGAAGUCCCUCCCCUCCUGAGUUCAAGCCCAUCCCCGAGCACAGGGGAAAGCAGAGAGAGUUCCGAUUCCAGUGGGGAAGCAGGAAGUCGUGUCCGAGGCUCAGGCAAGGUAGAGGAGCCAGGGUACCAGGUGGGACAGGAAGGGGCAAAUAAGGGGGGGAGACCCAUCCCCCCAACUCCGGAAUUACGCAGAAAGAGGAGGGGAAAGAGGAUGGGUCUGCCAAAGCUUUUGUGUUGGAGAAAGACGCGCCAAAAGCCAUUCGGAGGUUCUGAACCCGACUGAACACCUAGCUCCGUGUAUAUAGCAAUGACUUCAGCACUGUAAAUACGCAGCACCAAUAAAAGAAUAAAAUGCAGAGCUGUGUAGAGUCGUUACUCUGAAGUAGCCCGCUCCGGCCACUGUGACAGAUAUAUACUCUGCAAAGUUUGAAAGACAAAUACCCACCGUCUUAUCAUCUAGGCGCUUCUGUGCGCUACUCUGGUUCGCCAGAAGCGGCUUAGUCAUGCUGGCCACAUGACCUGGAAGCUGUCUGCAGACAAAUGCUGGCUCCCUCGGCCUAUAGAGCAAGAUGAGCAUGCAACCCAGAGUCGUCCACAACUGGACCUAAUGGUCAGGGGUCCCUUUACCUUUACUUUCAUCACCUAGGUUGUUUUUUUUGUUGUUGAAGAUCUUGUUGCCCUUUCUACAUGUUUUGUUUAUUUUAGAUACUUGUUUGGACUGUUUAUAUUUAUUUGUUUAUAUUGAGAUUAAUCAAAUAACCUUAUCCUUGAUGUCAGCUGGUGAUUUUUUGUUUGUUUUGAUUUUUAAAAGAUUUCUAUUUCCCCCCCUAUAUUAGUAGACAACCUUUUAUAGUUAUAGAGUUAUAGUGCAACAAUGUCUAGAGGGCAUCAGGUUUGCCACCCCUACAUUUAAUGACAUGCUUCUCAAUGACAGCAUGCCCAUCUGUUCUGUAAACCCUCCCUCCUAUCCAGGGUACCGCACUCAGGAUUUUUUUUAAAGCUGCCAGUAGUUCUUUUUAGCUGAAUACAACUCCUGCAUUAGAGUAACUGACUAUUCAGUUGGUCAGCAGGCUGAAAUGAGUCAUCUUGAGGGACCUGAUUUUGGUUAGAAUUUUGCUAAAACAACCACAAAACACUGUUUACAUCUGACAAGAACUUGUUUCUAAUAAAAGAAAAUUACAUGUAAUUUCAUAUACAGUGGUACCUCGGGUUAAGAACUUAAUUCGUUCUGGAGGUCCGUUCUUAACCUGAAAUUGUUCUUAACCUGAGGUACCACUUUAGCUAAUGGGGCUUCCCGCUGCUGCAGCACCGCCGUCGUGUGAUUUCUGUUCUCAUCCUGAAGCAAAGUUCUUAACCCGGGGUACCACUGUACAGUACUGUAUAGGUUUGUUUUAGGUUUCCAGACAAAAAUGGAGGUAAAGCCCUAUUUACAGUGUACAGUGGUGCCUUGCUAGACGAAUUGAAUUCGUUCCACGGGUCUUUUCUUAUAACGAAAAAUUCGUCUAGCGAAUCCUAUAGGAAUGCAUUGAUUUUUUUUUUGAAAUUUUUUUUUGCCCAUAGGAAUGCAUUAAUUGAAUUUCAAUGCAUUCCUAUGGGAAACCGCGAUUCGCAAGACGAAUUUUUCGUAAAAUGAAUUUGUCUAGCGAGGCAACCUCCGCUCGAAAAAUCCUUUCGUUAAGCGGAACUUUUGUUAAGCAGGGCAUUCGUUAAGCGAGGCACCACUGUACUAUAAAUCCAGCACAUUUAUAUGCUGCAAAUGUGGCUGGAAUAGUCCAAUAUCCCUUCAACUGUGGUGUUGGUGACAUCUCACUUUCUGUUAGCUUUUGUUAUACUAGAAGUAGGGAUUGGCACAAGGGUUUCAUAUUGCUGGCGCAUUAAUUUUUCAGUAGCAUGAGCCUAUUUACUUAGGAUUCCCUAAUCAUUUAAUGCUAAUAGUAUAUAAAGGAUUGUGCCUGUACAAGAAAAGCUGUCAGCCUGUUUGAAACCAAAACCUGGCCUCUAAGAUACUUUGUGCUAUAGCUGCAGUUUUCCUUUUCAAUUGAAGUUCAGUUUUUUUUCAGGGUGCUGCUUGGAUGUCAGCAAUGCAAAGACUCAGAAUUAAGAAUUGAAAUAUAUCAGUGUGAGCAGACCAGGGUGGAAAAUAAUACAUAUAAGUGCUUGGUAUUAAUUCAGUGGAUGAAAUACACUGUGAUUGUUGGGUGCACACACUAAUGCAGGCUUCCUCAACCUCGGCCCUCGAGAUGUUUUUGGCCUACAACUCCCAUGAUCCCUAGCUAGCAGGACCAGUGGUCAGGGAUGAUGGGAAUUGUAGUCUCAAAAACAUCUGGAGGGCUGAGGUUGAGGAAGCCUGUACUAAUGUAAAUGAAAAUAAACUUCUUGUGGCAUUUUUUAAAAAAGAUCAACAUUGUUCUGCAACAAUUUGUUCUUUAAAAGGAAUAAGGUAGAAUUUUCAGAUGGGACAGCGUUUUUGCCAAACAGAACCUCUAGUACAGGCAUGUCCAAAGUCCUUUGGGGGGGGGGCUAAUCGGCCUGCUGGUCGGUUUAAUCUGGCCCUUGUGGCAGUUUAUUUCCUGGGGUAAAAUCCUAAUAAAACCUCGACAACAUCAAUCCUGCUCAACAACUUCAACCCUAAAAAAAGCUCAACAACAACUUCAAUCCAAAAAAGGCCAACAACUUUGGUUGGCCCUUUGGUCGGCCUUCACAGCCCUUCACUUCAUCAAAUCUGGCCCUAUUUGAAAAAAGUUUGGACACCACUGCUCUAGUAUGAAGGCUUUCAUGUACAUUUCACUGAAUGAUUGAGUAUCAGUUAUAAAGAUAAUUUUCAGAAGUGUUAGGUUUUUUUCAUUUUUUGAUUAUACUUGAGUUCAACAUAAAAUGCAUAUUGCUUGCUUUCUCUUUCUUAAAUUCUGGAAUAGACAUCUGAAUUAGUAUUUUAGACACUAAGUACCCAACUAAAAUAUUUAUUUAUUACACUGCUAUCCCGCCUUUCUUUCAAAAGGGUCAUACAUAGUUCUCCAUCUUCCCAUUUUAUCACAACAAUCUUGUGAGGUAUGCUAGGCUGAGAGGUAGUGUCUGGGUCAAGGUAAGCUUCAUGGCUGAAUGGGAAUUUAAACCCUCUCAGGUCUUUCAGGUCCCAGUCCAAUCCUCUAACUGCUGUAGUAUAGUGACUGGAGUAUUGAACCUGAACUGGGAAAUGAGGAUUAAAAUUCUUCAACAUGGAUCACUGUAGGUUGCUUCAGGCCAUAUUUCUGUCUAAAUUGUUUAGCAGGAUUGUGAGGUUAAAAUGGGAUAACCUUUUGAACUUCUUGGAGGCAGGGCAAGAUACAAAUAUGAUAAUCAAAGAUGCAGGAUACUAAUAUUUUCUACAUUAUUAUUAUUAUUAUUAUUAUUAUUAUUAUUAUUAUUAUUAUUUAUUGCCACCACCACUCCACCCAUCCGUCUGGGUUUCCCCAGCCACUCUGGGCGGCUUACAGCAUAUAAAGUUUGCAAGCUUCUACAGUCUUUCCAAUAAAAAUAGCCCCAAUAAAAUGUAUCACUUUACUUGCUUUGUUUCUUCUUUGUAUUACAUGCAGCUUCCAUUCUGUUUAGAAUUGCAAAAGAUCCCUAUGGCAGAAAUAGAAGUGUAACAUGAGAGAGGCAUUAUGCUUUUUUUUGUUUUGUUUUUUAAAAGUGCUCUCUUGAAAACUAAUCAGUCCUCCUUUGCUUUUCAUUUCAACACUCCCUCCCCAUCUGUUCUUUACUUUUACCUAGCUCGCUGGAAGUCCAUGUACCACCUGCCUCCUAAAUUUGCUCUUCUUUUCCAGUUACUUGUUUCCAGACUAGAUGCUUCUUUUUCAUAUUGUUCCUCCUCCUUGAUGUUCAUGGUUAUGUGUCUAAGACUGCUAGUCUGGCUUCACUUUUCUAGCUGACAUAGGUGCUAUGCACAUAAAUAUUCAAAUGUGUUUUCAGGUCAUUGUAUUAAACUAAAACCAGUUGUGGCUCUGAUGUGUGGUUAACUCUCCAUUGCUUAGGAGCAUCGUGUUAACAGAACAGGAAAUCCUUUGGGUUUUUCUCAGUACAGAAGGCUUGGUACUGCCAUAAAAGGAGGUUGUUGUUUGGUUUUUUUUGUAUAUGGAGGGUUCCUUUCCAAAGAAAGAAUAGUCAACCUUGCCUUCAUGAUUAAAUAAGUAGCUCCUAUUUAUGUACAUGAAACCUUAAGUAACACUGCAUACAUUUCACUUUUUAGUUCAGCCCCUGGAGUUCUUAUAUAACUUAAUUUUAGCAAACAUUGGUGGUUGACUAAGCUGGGAUACUAGUGUUAAAGACUGCUCACCAUCUGCUUCAGCAUUUUUGAACAUGUCAGAGGUUCUCUCCAAAUGGAAUGUUCUGUACUUGGCUAGGCCUCCUGCUGUCUGGAUUGGUUUGUCAUGCAUUGUAGCACACUGGUUCAUUUUCCUAGUUCAGGUCUGGCUUUUAUUGUUAUAUUUGAAGUCAUUUUUAUAUGUCUACUAGCUGGCGCUGCUACGCGUUGUGGUGGCUCAGUUUGUUAAAUGGAGCCUCAGAGUCCCACUUGAGACUCCCCUCACCUUCAGAGUCCCCCUGUUUUUUUGUGUUAUGUUUAUAUAGGUGCAUCCCUGUGUCUCUCCCCACCCUGUCCCGGACCCAUUACCUAUCCCUGUCCCUCCCCCCCCACCCCGGUUCAUCCCUGUGAUUGGGCCCACCCUGUCCUGACCCAUGGCCUAUUCGGCCCCUACCUCCACUCGGCCUAGUCUGGAAAGCGGCCUAGUCUGCAAAGGCGAACGGAGAUACUGUGGAGAGGGCAAGUUUCAUCCCUGUGUCUCCCCCCCAACAUGUUUCCUAUCUCUGCUCCCUAUUCCGCCCCCUCACCCCCCCUGGCAAGGCCCUACCUCCACUUGGCCUAGUCUGGAAAGGGGCCUAGUCUGGAAAGCCGAACCUGUGGAGAGGGUAGGUUUCCUAGGUGUAGUACCAGUGUAGCCGUCACUAGAGGGUGCUGUGUUGCAAUCUCUCCUGUGCUCCCAGCAUGCACUUGCGGGUGAUUUGUGAGUUCUGGAACACAGGGUUUUGGGGGUUUUACGUGGCGUAGGUGUGACAUCUGUCUUAGCAAACUUUAUAAGAUUAAUCUCACGGUAGCAUGGGACGUUGUGUGCAAAUUUGAACACUAUCGGUCAAGUGGUUUCGGUGAAAAGUGGAAACACACCCACAUGCCGUUAAGAUAUAUAGAUAUAUAGAGAUAUAGAGCUAUCACUAUAAAGUAGGCCUGUCCAACUGGUUGGUUGCGAUCUACUGGUUGAUCACAGGCUUUUCCUGGUCGAUCGCCCCCCCAAAAAAAACCCAACCCCCCUUCAACAACUAUCUUCUCUCCCCCUAAAAGUAAGUUCAACAACUUUGGUGAAGCCUCCCUCAAAAAAGCUCAACAGAUCUGGUCAAUCCAAUAGGUAGAUCACUGCCAGUUUAUUUAUAGUGGGAGUAGAUCAGUCUCUGGAAAGUUGGACACCCCUGCUAUAAAAUAUUGCUAUAUAUUCAGGUAUUGUAGUGCAGUUUUUUUUAUCCACAAUUAAGACAGCUCAUCCUACAAGACCAAAGAGCAUUUCUGGCUAGCAUGGUAUGGAGACAGUAUAAUCCUCUCCUUUUGAAUGAGUGGCUUACCCAUAUAACCAGUACUCUGUAAAGUGCUCUACAACUUAUAUUUUCACAAUGAAGCUGUAAUGCUAGUUUGUAAUUGAGGCUAAUUUUUAAAGGCCAAUGUUCAAUGACCACGCAGAUACAUGUCUCUGAAGCCCUAGCCUAUUACUCAGUACCUCACAACCUCCAAAAGAGGUUUAUGCAUGGUACCCAGGUGGUCGUCUGUUAUAGGGACAGGUGUGCUAAGCUUCAGCUAUAGAACUGCACCGUGCAUCUGGCUACAGUUUGAUGAUGAUUAUUGCAUUACUUUGCUCAAAUUUAAAUUGCCUUGCUGCCUUUUGCAUAGCUGCCAAGUUAUCCCUUUUUUAAGGGAUUUUCCCUUAUGCUGAAUAGGCUUCCUCGUGAGAAAAGGGAAAACUUGGCAGCUAUGGCCUUUUGUUUUUCUACUAGAGAUUGGUGAUUUUUAUUGUAGUUGCCUAGUGCUAUCUUUUAUAGGUUAGCCUUGACUUCUUUUACUUAAGAACAGCUGGCUUCACUGCAAUUAUGAGUCACAGUUUGCUUGUUCUGGAAUGAUAAUAGCAAGCACCAGAUAUCUUAUUCUUAUGGUAGUGUUAGCUAUAAAAAAAAAUGAAGGUGAUACUUAAAAAGGAAAGGUAUAUUUUAUUGGUGAAUAUUAGCUUCUGCUUGGUACCCAGGUGGCACUGUGGUUAAACCACUGAGCCUAGGGCUUGCUGAUCAGAAGGUCGGCGGUUCGAAUCCCUGUGACGGGGUGAGCUCCCGUUGCUUGGUCCCAGCUCCUGCCAACCUAGCAGUUUGAAAGCACGUCAAAAUGCAAGUAGAUAAAUAGGAAUCGCUACAGCGGGAAGGUAAACGGCGAUUCCAUGUGCUGCUCUGGUUUGCCAGAAGCGGCUUUGUCAUGCUGGCCACAUGACCUGGAAGCUAUACGCCGGCUCCCUCGGCCAAUAAUGCAAGAUGAGCGCGCAACCCCAGAGUCGGUCACGACUGGACCUAAUGGUCAGGGGUCCCUUUACCUUUACCUUUAUUAGCUUCUGCUAAUGUUUUUGUAAAUGCUAGCAUGGGAUAGUUAUAUGAUACAAUUGCCAGUAAAUUUCACAAGCUCUUACCUGUACGGUACUUACAGCAUAUUGUUAUUACUUUUGUUUUUAAACCAGGACAAGAAGUAAAUAGUUUGAUUUUAAAGUAGUAAUUUUUUUCCUGAGGGAGCAAACCUGUGCUACUCUUUGUUUGUGAAUGUAUUCUUUCUAUUCUCCUGUCUUGAAAAAAAUUCAGUUUAUAAGAGAAACCAGAAUGAUUAGUAAAUAAGUUUUGUAAUUAUGUGAAUCCCAGGUUAUCUUGAUCAAGUUUGUCCAAAUUCAAUGGCUAAGAUUCUACCCCUCCCCGAAACCUACCGGAUAUCUUUUCUUCUCAUUUUCUUCUGGCUUUCUGAAAAGAUUUUCUCAAAUUUUAUUUCAAUAUUUUCUUUGUAUGUGACUCUGAAAGUAGAUUAUUUUUUUAAAAGGGCUGAAAGGAAAAUCCCAGUUGCACAAAUAGGACAUCACAGUGCUAUCACCCAGUGGACUGUUGAAGUAGCAAAGCACAUUGGGAAUAGAAUUCAACAAGAUGUUUUUAUGAGAAUACAGAGCUUCUUUGGAGACAUCUCUUUGUUGGAUUUUAUCCAUGUCCUGCUAACCACUACUUUCAGCUAUGGAAUCGACUGUUGAUGAUGAAGCGAUGGCAGCAUAAAUGAAGGCCAAGUAAGGAAGGAAGAACGAUGCCCAAGGGUGGGUGUUCUAAAACACCACAACUGGAAGAUUUCUCUCUCAGCAACGACAUGGUGGAGAAACAAACUGGGAAAAAGGAUAAAGAUAAAGUUUCUCUAACCAAGACUCCAAAAUUGGACCGGAGUGAUGGCGGCAAGGAGGUGAAAGAGAGAGCUACAAAACGGAAGCUGCCUUUCACUGUUGGAACAAAUGGAGAUCAAAAAGAUUCGGAUACAGAAAAGCAGGGUCCUGAAAGGAAGAGGAUUAAAAAGGAGCCCGCAACUCGGAAGCCCAGCCUGCUGUUCGGAAUGGGACUUCCAGGAAUCCGUGCAGGUUAUCCGCUCUCUGAGCGCCAGCAGGUUGCCCUUCUUAUGCAGAUGACAGCAGAAGAGUCUGCGAACAGUCCAGCAGUAGAUACAACACCAAAGCAUCCCUCUCAAUCCACAGUUUGUCAGAAGGGAACUCCUAAUUCUGCCUCCAAAACCAAAGAUAAAGUAAACAAGAGAAAUGAACGUGGAGAGACUCGGCUGCACCGGGCAGCUAUCCGAGGAGAUGCCCGACGCAUCAAGGAACUCAUUAUUGAGGGUGCAGAUGUCAAUGUAAAAGACUUUGCAGGUUGGACGGCUUUGCAUGAGGCAUGCAACAGGGGUUACUAUGAUGUUGCAAAACAGUUGCUUGCUGCAGGCGCUGAGGUCAACACCAAGGGCUUGGAUGAUGACACUCCGCUGCAUGAUGCAGCCAGCAAUGGGCACUACAAGGUGGUGAAACUGUUGUUACAUUAUGGAGGAAAUCCUCACCAGCUUAACAGGAGGGGAGAGACACCAUUAAAAGUAGCAAAUUCCCCCACAAUGGUCAAUCUGCUCCUGGGGAAAGCCACAUAUCCUUCCAGUGAAGAGAGCUCCACAGAGAGCUCGGAAGAGGAAGAUGCUCCUUCGUUUGCACCAUCCAGUUCCAUUGAUGGCAACAACACAGACUCUGAGUUUGAGAAGGGCCUGAAACACAAGGCCAAGAACCAGGAGCCUCCCAAAGCUGUCACACCCGUGAAGGAUGAAUAUGAGUUUGAUGAGGAUGAUGAGCAGGACAGGGUCCCACCAGUUGAUGAUAAACAUCUUCUGAAAAAGGAUUACAGGAAAGAGACUAAAGCAAAUAGUUUUAUUUCCAUCCCCAAGAUGGAAGUAAAAACCUAUACUAAAAACAGCACAAUCACACCAAAGAAAGCAUCCCAUCGUAUCCUUUCAGACACAUCUGAUGAAGAGGAGACCAGCCUGCCUGUGGGGACUGGGGAAAAGCUGCGUCUGACAACACAUUCUAUCCUCCCCAGCAACAAGGCUCGAGAACCUUCUAAUCCCAAACAGCAGAAAGAGAAAAGCAAAGUGAAGAAGAAGCGCAAGAAGGAAGCAAAGGGCAAAGAGGUUCGGUUCGGCAAAAAAAAUGACAAGUUUUGUUCCUCUGAAUCAGAGAGUGAAAACCUGGAGAGUGAGGAGGAUGACAGAGACUCUGUACAAAGUGCUACCUGUGUAAAGGAUUCCAGAUUGGUGUUAAAGGAGUCAUCCUUGUUUAAUUCCCUUUCUGCUUCUUCUGCCUCUUCCCAUGGGAGUUUGGGGUCUCAGAAGCAUAACGCUACCCUUGCAGAGCAGCACUCCAAGCACUGGAGGACAGACAACUGGAAAACAGUAUCUUCUCCAGCCUGGUCAGAUGUCAGUUCCUUAUCAGAUUCAACAAGGACGAGGCUGACCAGUGAGUCUGAUUACACGUCUGAGGACUCAAGCCUGGAAUCAUUGAAGCCUGUGAGGAAGAAGCAGGAGCCCAAGAAGCGUGCCCAACAUGGAGCUGCUGUGAUUGUGGAGAAGAAAAAUUCAUUCCAUGCCAGUGUUGAUGGAGCUAUUCCAAAGCGAGACAAGGAGGGGAAAGUUGUAAAAAAGCAUAAAACAAAACACAAACACAAAAACAAAGAGAGAGGCCAGUGUCCUGCCACCCAAGACAUUAAAAUAAUCAAAGCCUUUUCUUUUGACUAUGAGGACUCUAAGCAGAAGACCGAUAAGGCUUUGAUUGUGGAGACUGAAUGCCCUGUUGAGAACAAGCUCAAAGUGCUUAAGCAUGAGAGGGAGCACUUCAAGAAGGAAGACAAAUUUCAGAAAACUAAAUCUGAGGAGAAGGAGUGGCUGUUUAAAGACGAUGCUGGAAAAACCUCCAAAGAGGAGAAAUCCUUGAAAAAAGCCAAGGAGGCAAGUAAAGAUCUCAGUAAAACUUUCAGAGAAGAAAAGAGCAGCAGAUUGGAAAAAGAAAAACCCAUAAAGGAGAAAUCUCCUAAAGAGGAAAAACCUCGAAUACAUAAGGAAGAACGAAAGAAAAAAUCUAAGGACAAGCAGUUCAAGACUGAUAAGAAAAAUGAACCGAAGGAGGAAAAACCAGCAAAACCAGAGAAGGAGAAAGCCCUGAAAGAGGAGAAAGAGAGAUGUAAAAAAGACAAAGGUUACAGGGAGGAGCCCAGCUUUGAAGAGUUUAGUAAUAAAAACCAGUUUUUAGAAAGUGAGGACACAAAGUUCAGCCUCUCUGAUGAUCAGCAAGAUCGGUGGUUUUCAGAUUUGUCAUCUGAUUCUUCUUUUGAUUUCAAAGGAGAGGAUAGCUGGGAUUCGCCAGUGACAGACUACAGGGAAAUUCAAAAUGACACUGUGACAAAACUCAUCAUAGAAACGGUGAAGGAGGAGAUAAAAGACAAGAAGCGGGAUAGUAAAGCAAAAGAUAAGAGGGAGUACAGCGAGAAACGUAAUGAAAAAGACACUUUUCUAAAAAAGAAAGAGAGGGAAUAUGUUGAUCGGAACUCUGAGAAGAAAAAGGACCCAGUUGAAAAGCAUAAAAGUAUUUCUAGUUAUCUGCCUGAAAAGAAAAGAAAGGAUUCUGCUGAAAGCUUUAAAGAGAGAAAGGAAAAGGAGGCUGGUGAAAUUAACAGAGAGAGAAGAGAUUUGCCCGAUAGCUCUAAAGAUAGAAAAGAAGUUAAAAUUAAACAAGAAGAAUCCUACAGAGAUGAAUUUAAAGACUAUGGCUGUGAAACAUUCUUCAAAGAAAAAUCUGAACCCGAAUUUAGUGGGAAAAAUGUGGAGAACUGGGAUAGGCAUCAUUCAGGAAAAGAGAAGAAAGAUGUGCCAGACAAGAAAGAGAAAUUAAAAACAGAAAAGUACAAGGAGAAAUCCAAAGUAGAGGACAAAGAGAGAAAUGAGAAAGCUUUGCCGGAAAAAAACCAAAAGGACAAAGAAUUAGAUAAAGGUUUUAAAGAGAAGAAAGAUACAAAGGAGAAAUAUAAAGAUCCUCACAAUAAAGAUAAAGAGAGAAAGGGUUCACUAGACCAAGUCAAAGAGAAGAAAGAGAAGAACUUUUCUGGAGAUAGAGAGGAUUUCCACGAAAGGAGGGAUGAGAAAAAAGGCCGGGAGAGGACAUGGUAUAACAUCUUGGAUAUCUUCACAGAUGAAAGUGAAGAUGAGAAGGAUGAUUACAGCCUUAGUGGGUUCAAACUUGGAGAGGGUCUUGGGAACGAAAUGCAUCGUAUGGAUAGCAUGCAAGACAAAGAUGAUGGCAUGGUAGCUGAGAGAGACCUUUAUGUCCCUGACAAGCACAGGAAAUACUCCUCUGAUCGGCAGCAUUCCACUGAGAAACAGAAAGACAAAGAGUCAAAAGAGAAGAAGAAGGACAAAGGGUUACCAGAGGGUGGAAAGGAGAAAAAAGAGAAAAGCUCCUUUGAAAAACACAAAGAGAAGAAGGACAAAGACUCAGUAGAGAAGUAUAAAGACAGGAAGGAGAGAAGCUCAGUGGACUCAGCCCAAGAAAGGAAGGCAAAGCAGAAAUUCCCCGAAAAGGUGGAAAAGAAACAUGCUGGGGAAGAGAAGGUUAAAAACAGGCACAAGGAAAAGCUAGAUAAAGAGUAUACUAAGGAGAAACGGUCUUCGAAAAGCGGAGAAGCAGAAAAGAGCUUGCUGGAGAAACUGGAGGAAGAAGCCCUCAAUGAAUACAGAGAUGACUCCAAUGAUAAAAUCAGUGAGAUUUCUUCUGAUAGCUUCACAGACAGAGGGCAAGACCCUGUACUCACCAAUAUAUUUGAGUCUUCCAACCUUUCACUUGCAGAUGCCACCGAAGAGAAAUUUAAGGAGUCUCUGCCUUUGCCUUGCCUUCCAGAUAAACUCAAGGAGAAAGAGAGGCACAGGCAUUCUUCAUCCUCGUCAAAAAAAAGCCAUGAAAAGGAAAAAGCAAAGAAAGAGAAAGCGGAAAAGAAAGAUAAAACAGAUGAGUUUAAAGACUCCAGCAACAGGAAAGAUUCUACUCAGUAUGAGAAGGACUUUGCCAUGGAUGGAGAAGGCAUUAGCAUUUCUUAUGGAACAAAAACAGAGGCUGAAGAAGAACUGGACAAAACCAUGGAGUAUUUGUUUUCUGAAAAAAAGGAAAAGAAUGAUACUGAAAGAGAACUUCCAAAGAAGGCAGAGAAAGACAAAGCGUACAGCUCCAGCACAGUCAGCACAACCAAAGAGAAGAAGAAGAGGGACAGGCAUAAAGAAAAGUGGAAAGAGGAGAGAGAGAAGCACAGAGACAAACACACUGAUGGUUUCUUUAGGCACCACAAGGAGGAGCAGAAGUCUGCCAAAGACAAGGAUAGCUCUCAAGUGAUCACUCUUAAAGACAAAUCAAAAGAGGAACCACCCAAAUUUAAUGACCUCAAAGUAAAGGAACGACUCAAGGAAAAUCAAGAAAAGGACAAAUCAGAGUGUCUUAAAAUGAGCAACGGGAAUGAUAAAAUAACCUUACCCAAAGAAGGCACCAAGAAGGACAUCAGACCCAGGGAAAAGCUUUUGGGAGAUGGUGACCUAAUGAUGACCAGCUUUGAGAGGAUGUUGAGCCAAAAAGAUCUUGAGAUUGAAGAGCGCCACAAGAGACACAAAGAGAGAAUGAAACAAAUGGAGAAGAUGAGGCAUAGAUCUGGAGACCCCAAAUUAAAAGACAAAGUCAAGGCCAAUGAGGAUAUGCGCAAGAGGAGUCUGGAUUUGACUACAAAGAAACCACUAGCUCCUGACACUCAGUUAAAGGACAAGAAACUCAAAGAUCUAGGCCCACUGGCUCCAGUAGUAUCCCCAGAUAACAAGAAUCAACCUGUUGUUGGGGUGGAUUCCAAGGAUUGGAUAGCUGGCCCCCAACUGAAGGAAAUCCUACCUGCGUCUCCAAGGCCAGAUCAGAACCGGCCAACAGGGGUUCCAACACCAGCAUCUGUUGUUUCUUGCCCAAGCUAUGAAGAGGUGAUGCAGACACCAAGGACUCCAUCUUGCAGUAAUGAAGAUUACACAGAUCUGAUGUUUGACUGUGCUGACUCUCAGCAUUCAUUGCCCAUAUCCACCAUGUCCAUGAAUGCUUGUUCUCCAUCUUUCUUUGACAGAUAUUCCAACUCUUCAAGUGGAUUCCCGGAGAACCCAAGUCAGACCCCAACAAGGACAAUUUCCUCCACAAAUCUUCACCGUUCAAUGUCUGUAGAUAUCAGAAGAGCUGCAGAGGAAGAGUUCAAUGUUGGGGACAAAUUUUUCAGGCAGCAAAGUGUCCCAGCCACUUCUAAUUAUGAUUCUCCGGUUCAGCACUUGAUGGAGGAGAAAGUAUCUCUCCCCUCCAUUCCCAUAGAAAAGUUCCCAUGUUUGUCCCCAGAAUAUUAUUCACCAGACUAUGGAGUCCCAUCCCCUAAAGCAGAGGCAUUGCAUUGUGCACCAGGAACUGCGGGCAAUGUUGUUCAGUCCCCUGAAAGUGUAUUUUCUGGAUUGCAAGCCAAAUCUUCCCCUUCUCAUAGAGAUGAGCUGCUUGCCCCUUCUGUUGAAAGUGCUCUCCCUCCAGAUCUUGGCCUGCCUUUGGAUGCCACAGAAGAGCAACAGGCAACUGCUUCCAUUAUGCCCCCAGAGUCCAGCUUUUUACCACCACUUGAAGACAAUGAGUUUGGCUCUGGCAUUCUGGAACAGAAUAGUACGGAGUGGGAGACCACUCUAUCAAGAAAUCUGGAUCCUCCUGUGCCUCCGAGUUUGAUUGGCAAUCCUUCUGAUCAUGCUGUCAGCUGGACAGUGGGAUCAGAGCUGCUCAUUAAAUCUCCCCAACAGGGCCCUGAUUCCCCAAAGUCUUUCUGUUCUCCAGACAUCACGCAUCCCACACCUGUGCCCUUCAUUUCUGCAGAUUCCCUACAUCCCAGUUCCCCUGUUUCAUACUCUCUCUCAGUGACUGAAUCAAGGCUUGAUGCAGCAAAGGAAGAUGCUGAAGAAGCAGUUCCAACAGAAAUGGUGACUGCAGAACAGCAGACUUCAUAUGCAGAUUCCCCUGCUAGAUUAGACACUUUCUUUAGUAAUGGUAGUAAGCCUGUUCCAGAGGAAGCAUCUGACACACCUUUGCAGCCAGCUAGCAUGCCAGCAGAAUCGAAAGUGGAGGCUGUUAAUGCUCUGGAAAACUUGGAAGAGAGCACCAUUGCCCCUGUAAAUCCCGAGGAACAAGCUGCAUGGCCUGAUCCAUUUCCAAAUUCAGAGGAUGACUUAGACUUGGGUCCUUUCUCUUUACCAGGAUUGCCACUUCAAUCAAAAGAUGUUCCAGAGGAAGAAUUGGAAGAGUCAGCUGAAGACACUCAUGCGGCAGAUCAGGAAACCACCAGUGCAGACUUUGUGGAUGUUGGGGUGUCUUUGGGGGCUACAAACAAGCAGGAUGACCUAACUCUUAACCAAAAGAGCAUCCUUCCUGAGGAGCCAGAUUUACAAGCUGAUGAGCAAAAGGCCAAUGAGAUUUCACUAGAAGUUGUGCCAGAAGCAUCAAGUGCCCCGGAACAGAAAAAUAUAGAAGAAGCGGAGGCUCCCCAGAAUAUUCAGGAGGUGACACCAGCAGAUCUUGCUCAGCCAGAGACCAAGGAGGAGGAAACCAGUUGUGAAGAACUCUCCUCAGCUACUCUUGCAUCAGACAGUGGUUCUCAAGCUAGUUUGAGCCAAGCAAUCAGAACUGAGAGCACUGAUGUUCAAGACGUAGUGGUACCUGGAAGCAACAGCCAGAUCCCUUCCUCUCAGACAGAGGUGCUGCAAGGGAGUACCCAGUUAGAAUCCACAGAGCCACCACCCAAACCAGUCCCUGAACCCCCAAAGCCCCCCAAAAUUGAAGAGAUCCCACAACGGAUCACCAGAAACCGAGCCCAGAUGCUUGCCAAUCAAAACAAACAGAAUGCUGCUGCUACUGCUGCUACUACUGCUACUGCUACUACUACUAUAACAACUACUACUACUACUACUACUACUUCUGAAAAAGAGUUCCCCCCUGCUUCUGCCCCUUCAACACGAGCAAAGGGGCGUGUCUCAGAGGAGGAAGAUGCCCAGGCACAACAUCCGCGGAAGCGCAGGUUCCAGCGCUCCAAUCAGCAGCUGCAGCAGCAAAUCAACACCUCCACCCAGCAGACACGGGAGAUGAUCCAGCAGACACUGGCUGCAAUUGUUGAUGCCAUCAAGUUGGACGACAUUGAACCUUACCACAGCGACAGGUCCAAUCCCUAUUUUGAGUACCUACAGAUCAGGAAGAAAAUUGAGGAGAAGCGGAAAAUUCUCUGCUACAUCACUCCCCAAGCACCCCAGUGUUACGCUGAGUAUGUCACCUACACAGGCUCAUACCUGCUGGAUGGCAAACCUUUGAGCAAGCUGCACAUUCCAGUGAUUGCACCUCCUCCAUCGUUGGCAGAUCCCCUCAAGGAGCUAUUCAAGCAGCAGGAAGCAGUCCGUGGCAAGCUGCGCCUCCAGCAUAGCAUUGAGCGGGAGAAGCUGAUUGUGUCAUGUGAACAGGAGAUAUUGAGGGUUCAUUGCCGAGCAGCAAGGACAAUAGCCAAUCAAGCAGUGCCCUUCAGCGCAUGCACCAUGCUUCUGGAUUCGGAGGUGUACAACAUGCCUCUGGAAAAUCAGGGAGAUGAAAACAAAUCCGUCAGAGAUCGUUUCAAUGCUCGCCAGUUCAUUUCGUGGUUACAGGAUGUGGAUGACAAGUAUGACCGGAUGAAGACUUGCCUGUUGAUGCGACAGCAACAUGAAGCAGCGGCCUUAAAUGCAGUGCAGCGAAUGGAAUGGCAGCUGAAGGUGCAGGAGCUGGACCCUGCAGGGCACAAAUCGCUCUGUGUGAACGAGGUGCCCUCGUUCUACGUGCCAAUGGUGGACGUGAACGAUGACUUUGUGCUCUUGCCGGCAUGACAGUACCAAGCCUGGAGACAUUCUCACUGCAAACUGGCAUGGGUGGGUGCCCCCUGAGGAUGGGUGCAGGCGCUCACACACACCCCAACCGCUUGCUGAUGAAUCCCAAGUCAGACAAGGAGGAAGCAGGAAAAAAAAUCAAUGAGAAAAUAAAUGGCACUUUCUUCACACUGUCUCCCUGCACACCAGGUAGCAGGAGCAGGGGAAGGUGAGGUGCAGGCAGCUCCUUUCACACCAGUUGCUGUGUCGGAAGGUAGGCAGCUUGCGCACAGCAGCAUCUUACCAGACUGGAGGGAGGAAGGAGAGAGACCGAUGGAAGCAGGGAGCAAGAGAAAUCCUGAGACACUCCCCUCUGUGCUGCAUCGGCUGCCAAACGGAAGGGAGGUGACCAGGGCCGUUGACACUCACAAUCACAGCAGUUGUUUCAAGCGCUUUGAUUCCUCCCACCCCCCCAUUUGCCUGUGGGUGGAUCUUUCCUCAGAUAAACUGCAGGGCAAAACUGUGGGGGUAGGUGGGUUCUGGGGAGGGGUGGGAGAGUUCUUUGGUUUCUUCUUGCAUCCAGGCUACAGUAAAAUAAGUUGAUGAUAAAAAAAGAAGAAGAGAGCACUCAGCCAGGCCCUGGAGGUGGCACAGACAAGGGCCAGGCCACUGGACUCAAGACCCAGGACAUGCUCCAGGUAUCCUUCAAAACCAUGGGGAGGCAGCAGCCACCUGACCCUGUACAAUAAGUGGCGCAGAGCAAGGACUUUGCAAUUCAGUUUUUAAAUGGAGUAAAAUCCGUAUGGUUUAUAAAUAUAUAUAUAUAUAUAAAUAUAUAUAAAUAUAUAUAUUUUUCCUUUAAUCUUGGGCAUUUUGUUUCUCUUUCUGAGAACAUAACUUGAAAAAAAAAAGAUAAAACACUACAAGAGCCAAUACUCGUAUAAAGAUAAAUUGUAUCCCAUAAAAGCUGUACAGUUUUUAUAUUCAUUAACAAUGUACUUUUGCUGCCUUCUAGAUAAUUUAUUUUGCAACACAUUACUGCACAGUUGUAAAUAACUUAUGUACUGUAACAUCACUUUCAGUCAUGUGUAAAGAAAUAAAUAAAUUAAUUAAAAUUACCUUUGUAUGUAUAGUUCACCCUAGGCAGCACUCUCCCACCACCACCCACCCCUUUCCCACUGCUCACCCCCAGGGAAGGGAAAAGCAACACACACCAAUACAGAGGCCAAAGGGGUGAGGGAUGUGGCCUUGUUGAUCCUGUGGAACAGGCAGCCUGCAAAACAGGCAAGAGCAGAGCAUGCCAAAUGCUCGUGUUUUUAUGCUCACCCGUUUUCUUUCCUUCCCAGUUUUGACCCGGUGCCCAUUGUCUCUGCAGAAUCUGCAGCUACAUAACAGAUUUAAACAGGGUUGCCUUGGAAGGGUCUAAAGGGAUGAGAAGGCAGGCCCUUGCACAUUCAGACUUGUGAGAGUCCUGCCUCCUCAUGACAGGAUGGAGUGAACCAGGGCCCCUGUGGGCUGGGGAGGGUGCGGAGUGGAUGAGGGGGGGAGAGCAGCUGAAGCCAUUUCUCAAACCAAUGCCUGAAGCUGUGACAAAAUGACACAGGUGCUUCAGAAGGAUGUGCUUGGAAGCAGCCCCCAGCCUCAGAUGCUGUUUGAGAAGGCAAAUGUGCAAAGCAAGGGGCCCUGUAAGCCCCAACAUCUCUUCCUCUUUACUGAAGAGGUUUCUGGCCCAACAUUUCUCAGGGUAUGAGUUGCUGAUAAUAUGCUAGAACUUCAAAUUUGGGAAGUUCAAUGCAGACAUUCUCCUUGUCCUGACAUAGCUCUCCCAUUGUUAGUGGAGGCCUGCUGGAUUGCUUGCUAAUUUGGUGGUCAGCAGGCUGAAGCGUUCGCAGUUUGAUAGUUUGGGCUCUACAACUCUUGCCUUGGAGUGCAAGAUGAGGCCAGAGUAUUCCUGAGUUGAGCUAACAGAACUAAAAAUAUACCCCCUUCUGAACUGCGGCAGAAGGGCUUGUGUUGUGGGCUUGUGUUGUUUCCUAUUCCAUAGUUGCCUUCUGAUGUUGCCUUGGCUCUGUACUCUGAACAGUUGCAGAAAAUCAUGUUGAGCAUCUGUGGCACACUAUGUAGCCCCUUCCAGAUGUGUAGCCACCAGUGAAUCAUUCUGGGCAAGAGGAUGGCUUAGAGCAGGCAUCCCCAAACUUCAGCCCUCCAGAUGUUUUGGACUACAAUUCCCAUCAUCCCUGACCACUGGUCCUCUUAGCUAGGGAUCAUGGGAGUGGUAGGCCAAAACAUCUGGAGGGCUGCAGUUUGGGGAUGCCUGGCUUAGAGAAACAAAGAUUAUAUUCCCCCAGAGGGAAAUUUUUGUGGAGACAGGCUGAGGAAUUUGUGGUUCUGUAGCUUAAGGACUUGUUCCUAAAUCCUCACCAUUCAGGAAAAGUGCAUGUUGCGUUGCAGGGGGGAAAUGCCUUGCAUUGUGUGGUUCCUGUGUUAGCAGAGAACAUCAUUUCAUUGGUCUUUUGGUUUAGCUAAAUUGAGCUCUAGGCCCACUUUCUGGCUGGUGUGUGACAUUCUCUGAGAGACCUUGCUUCUUUGCAUCUUCUGUGAUUGAAGAGAACCCAUUGCUCCCCAGUUUUCCAUCAGUGUAAAUCCCCUAGCUAAGGCAGGCAGCAAGAGUGUUGCAAUGUGGGUUGCUUGAUCAUGCCCAGUCCUUGUUACGUAUUCUUAGGUGUGCAGACACUUGCCCCUGGUGACUAUGUGAGAGGGAAGCAAAGUGCUUGUUGAUGUUAAAAGCCAUUCUCUUCAGUGCCUGGUCAGUCUGCCCUCCUCUUAAUUGGCUGACCCACUUUGGUAGGAGUUCCUCCCACUCCUCCAAAAAAUGUUUUGUAUCAGACCAGGUGUUCCUUUGGCACUGCUUCUCUCUCUAGUUUGAGUCACUGGGUGGGGUGGCAGCUUGAUAAUCUGUGAACCAUUUUAGGAGACUGCAGGGAAGGGGAAGGCAGGCAGCUAACAAGCCAUCAGUCCCACAUCAUGCCAUAGCAGCAAAGUUUCCUUUUGAAAUACAGUUUAGUAGAGGAAAACCCAUCUUUCUUUAAACCUUUUGGAGGAAAAAACCGUCUAGCAGAUAGAUGCUAGUUUGACAUUUUUAAAAAGAAGUAAAGCCCAAAACAUACACAGAACAGGUCAGGAAGAUUAUUUUAUAUUUUACUUUUACACACAUAUGAUAUUUUAAAAGUUUCAAGACAGUUGCCUCCUCUGAAGUGUUUGUUGCUGCUUUAAAGGCAUGGCAGUAGCUGUGGCAGACAUUUGCUAACCUUGCCCUAAGCAAGGAGAUCUUCCAAAUGGCCUUCUCAUUCACCAUUGGUCAGAAUUCUGGGGCUUUGAGAGCAGCCUCUAACAUCGAUGGGGUAACAACUUGACUUCCCAAAGAUGUCAUCUCCUGCCAAUGCCACCCCAGCCACCUAUAUCUCCCUUGCUGAUUGGCUCCCAUAUGCCCAUCCUUCACACAUAGGUUUUUCAUGCCUACCUCUAGCUCCUUUGCUCUCACCCUAGCAAACUGCUUUUGUGCUGCUUACUGGACUGUUUGGGUCCUCCAUGGUGGGUGUCUGUAUGCGAGAGACACAUUGCCUGUAAAUGUUUGUGUUCCAACGCUUUAGAGCCUUGGGAGUGAACAUUCUGUGCCCUGGAAGAAACGCCGGUCGCUUUUACCCUGUGUUUCCACAAGAACAAUUUAAAAGCACUGUACUGUUCUCCAUUCACAGCCAGGGGGGCUAAGGAAAGGAAUGGCUGGUUUAGCUAGUCUGCCCUGUUCAGAAACUUCCUUUAUAACCACACAAGGAUAUA